AUGCACGCCUACGGCUACGGCUAUGCUCUGAUGCCGACAUCAUUCUUGAUGAACACCAUCAUACCAGCGCAUUUGGGAUUGUGCAUAUAUGGAGCACUCUUCUCACAGAGCCUAUCCCUUCUCGAGUAUCAUUUUAUCUAUCGAUAUCUCGCCAUUUGCAAAAGCCACUGCUUAUAUGUGUUCAACUCGUGGAAAUAUUUCAUCAUUCAUCUCUUACUGAUGGGCCUUGUUUGGGGACUGACUACACAUUUGUUCUUAAGCUCGCAGACUCUGGCAGUA